AACUAAAAGAAAUGGGUCUCUACGAUGAUGAGGACGAAGAAGCCGAGGAUGAGGAUGCCGAAGGAGAAACCGAUAAUGGGGCUGAACAUGAAGCGAUAUGCGACACUUCCAGCGACCCUAGUAUUGGAGAAAUUGAAUUACCUCAUCGAGAAAUAAGUGAGUGCUCCGAUCGUAUUCUCUACGACGGUACAAAUUCGGACUUAUUGCCUCUACCUGGAUACAAAAUGAGCAAUGAACUGCGGAGACUGAAUAGUAGCCCAAUAGAAGCAUCACUUUACGAGGACGAUGAAAGCAUUUUAAAAGUAGAUGAGAAUCGUGAUGUAGACUGUGAUCUGAAAACGGAGGUUAAAUGCGAGUCGCAUGACAGAAUCGAGCUUAACUUGGGUAGCGAGAACACGGAAGGGUUGUUUUGUUCUCUGGGUAAAUAUCGAUCUACGAUAUUGCCAGCAUGA